AUGGACGACCCGGAGCAGCUGUUCGGCAAGCUGCUCCUGCAAGCUCUUUCGCGGCGCCUGUCGCAGUCGAGCUGGCUUGCGCUCGUACAUCAGCUCACACGGCGCAUCCAAUCCUCCCAGCAGUCGCGCGGUGAAGAUGUCGACCCGGCGCUGGCAGCCUCGCUCGCAGCAAGCUGCCUCGUCCAGCACAUCCUAUCGCAGGACUUUAUCGACCCGCUCCUCAUAGAGUACCUCCAGGCACUCGUGUAUGGAAGUGCGACCCGCUCGGGCGUCGAUCCGGACCAGGGCCCCGUUACGGACGCCAUCACCGUCACACUCUACCUGCUUGCCCACGUCGACGAUGCAACCACAAAGGUCUCCGCCAUCGAGACCGUGUCCUCGGUCAUCGGCCAAGGACUCCUCAUGACCUUUCAGACGAACGCGCCGUUCAAAGUCGCAGAUCCGUCGCUGCUGGCGCUACUGCAAAGGCUGUUCGCCGACAAGGAGGUCCAGGAUCCGUCUUCGUCAGCAUCCGUCGUGUCGCCAGCGCCAUCGGCAGAGCCAACAAGAGGCAGCGAGGUGGCACCCGCAGCGCUGCGGUUCAUCGUGUCGAACCUGCGUCUGCUCGCGCUGGCAGCGGACGCGAGCAUCGCUGCGCCGCAGAACCUACUUGCGCCGCGUGCUGCUAUUACCGUGCUCAUGAACGUCGGCUCGAGCCUCCUCGCUCACGUCAUCCAGAGCCUCUCUACCCUCCAGGCGUCCAAAGACAAGCCCGCGGCCGACACUCCUCUGCUGCAGCAGACGCGGUCGGAAUGCAAGGCGGCGACCGCCGACGUGGAGACGGUGCUGCACUCGAUGAACCCGGCAUGGAAGGACGAGAUCGCGCUGCUGCGCUCGCUGAGCAGCCAGAUCGGCGUCAUCCACCAGCUCGCCCAAUCGCUCGCCGGGUCGAGCACCGCAUCGACAUCGCAGCUGCGCGGCAAGAAGGCCGAGACCAUGCAGGAUGCGCAGCGACGAGCGACCUGGGACCACUUUCUGGACGCAGCGGCCACCACGGCGGCAGACAAGGCGCCCGUCGAGCCCGAGAUGGCGUUGCUCAUGCAUCUGGUCGUCGACGAGCGCGCAGCGUGGAGCGCCAAGCUCGAUGCGAUCAAGACGCUGUUUCUGGCCCGAAGGGUGGCAGCGGCGCCGUCGGUGACGCUGGAAAAGUCGCUCACCGCGUUCUACUUUGAGCUGCUGGUGGCGGCGAUCGAUGCGUGCGCGAGCGUGGUCGAGAUGCCGCCGGCGUUCAAGGGCGCCGAGGUGUACGCGGCGAUCUGGAGGAACGCGCUGUGCGGCAUGGUGCCCGAGAUCGUGCUGCAGCUCGAGCAGUGGCUGGAUGUGCAUCCGGAUCUGCCGCUGCGAGGACAGCGCGUCGAGGCCCCGCAUGUGCGCUUUGAGUGUGCGCUGCGCGCAGCGCUGCUCGUCAUGGCCGCCCGUCUGGACGUGUGCGAGACGGCCGUCAGCGAGCCUGCAGUCGCAAAUGGGGCGACCGAUGCGACGACAGGCGCCGAGAUGGAUGUGGUCGGGCUGGAUACGCCGCCGUCGCAGCCGAUCAAGGCGUGGCUGUUGCGUGCGUGCAUCGAGCACUCGCUUGCGCGGCCCGAGGCCAUCGCCGACGAGUUUCCCGAGGGCCACAAGCUCGCAUCCGAGGUUCAGAGCCUCGCGCAAUCGCUGCGCAUGGACGCGCAGCUCGAGGGACUGGCACUCAACACGCUGUUCGAGACGCGCGUGCCCACCGACGAUCCGAUGGAGCUGCUGCAGCGCGUGGCAUCGGAUCCGGGCACGCACUUUAGCUUUGCGCGCCAGCUCGUGGUGCAGGUGCACGCCUGGCUCGAGCAGCACGACCUCGAAAGCAUCGCGAGGUGGUGCAGGGCGCUCGGCGACGACGCCACGCACGGCGGCGCCAUGCUCGACACGAUCAUGCUCUACAUCGACCCUGCCGAGCUCGUGCAUCCGCUGGCGGGCAUUUUGGACCACCAGGAUCUGGGUCAGACGAGCGACGAGCCAGCGACACUGUCGAACAUCAUCCUGUUUGUGCAGCUGCUGUGCUACCGCUACUCUGUGGCGCCCUCGCGCAUCUCGCGCUCCACGAGCGGUGCCAGCGGAGAGAUGGAGAUCGAUGAUACGACGGGGUCCUCGGAGGCAGCGGGAGGGCGACCGUUUCUGGCGUCGUAUCUGGCGUCGGCCUCGGUGUGCUACCCACUCGCUGCGCUGGGAGAGGAAGAGAGGGGGUUGGUGGGGAGGUGGGUGCACGCGCUGUUUGGCAACGAGGGGAUUUCGGACGACCUCAUCCAGGCAUCGCCGCCGACGACGCUGUUGCGGCUGGCGCCGCUGCUGUUUGCGCAGAGCAUCGGCGCGUGCGUGCACGGCGUCAUCGAUCUCGAGACGCUGCGUGGCGGGCUGAGCUACUUCUUACAGGACCUGCUGUCGUUUACGCUGCCGGGGGCGCUGGCGUGGCUGUUGGCCGAGAUCGCGCGCGUGCCGUUGCAGCCCAUCCUCGACGUGCUGACCGAAGCAGGGCUGCAGGCUUCCGUGGUCGAUGUGCCAUCGAGCGAUGGAACGCUGGCUAACGGGCUGCCGAGGAACGCCAAUUCGCGUACGGUGCAUCUCGAGGUGGUGGCGCUGCUGCUCGAUACCGACGCGUGUCCGGCGAUUGUACGGCAUCUGAUCGCACGGCCGUUUGACGCGUUCGUGCAGGCGGUGGAGGCGGGUGGAGCGGCAACGCUCGAGGUCGGCAGCGAGACGUUCAAUAUGGCCUCACUCAAGGCACGCAUGGAGGCGACGGGCGUCACGGCGCAGCUGCUGAGCCGGCGCAACUCGGCAUGGCUGCGUGCACUCGCCAACCAGACUGUGGCGCAGCAGCAUGCAAGCGUGACUGCCGAGUCGGAGACGAUCACGAUGCUGUGUGGGCCGGAUGCGGCGUCUUCGACGCUGGAUCGGCUCAUGGGUGCCCAGGGACGCGGGCUGACAGCACACAGCGUUGCGGAGCAGAAGGCGCUUGCAACGUGGCUGUGCCUCUUGGCACCCCAGGCCAACGAGGUGCAUCCGGCACUGAUGUUUGUUGAGCGCGUCCAGCUCGCCGACGAGUCGAACGUCGAGGCUACGCUGCGCACCACUGCGCUCGUGCUCAGCCUCGCGCGUGCGGCCGAAGCUGUGCGCAGCCACGACACAUCCACGACCAGCACGGCAGAAGCUAUCUUUGCAUUGGCCACCAGCACCGAGUCCAACGGGUUGCGCAAGGACUCGUCCGCUGCCGACCUGUUUGAUGACGAGCCGACCACACCGCCUCUUCCCGGCGUCAAUGGGGAUGCUGCGAACGACUCGCAGUCGAAUGGAGCCAGGGCAGGCCAGUCGGUGGCGGCUCUUUUGAGCUCGCGUGCAUUCGGACUCACUUCGGCUCAGGUGGAAGAUCUGCUGGCGCGAAAGCUCGUCCGUCUCGAACCGAGCACGCCCGCCAUCUGGCACAGUGUAGAGGCUGCACUGCUCGACCCAUCUGAGCUAGGAAACGACGAGGGCAAAGAAUCUGCUCACAAGGACGCGAUCAAGACGUGGAUCGAGGUCCUCCGAUCGUGA